AUGGACGAGCAGCGUUCACUGCCUCCACUGGAGGAGAUAAACACGCUGGGGUCAAGAGAGGCAUUGCGGACCGACGAAAGGCUUGGCGGGGUUGCGACUGCAGCAGAAGGCUUCGCAUCGAUUGCAGCCCAUGUCCGUCAGCAGCCAGAGGACACUAGUGCCACUGAGCCCGUCGAGGAUCACCGAAACUCCAAUGUGUCUACAGAGCGCAGGGUGGACCGAGCAUGUGCAGAGUGCGUUCGUCGGAAAAUCAAGGUGCGCGAAGCCACAAGGAACUGGGACUCAUGGCUAUUAGUGUUCUCGCAUCUGGCCCUGCGAGGCGUGCCAGAGGAGCGGAAGUAA